CCCUCUCACAGCAUUCGAUAGGAAAACAUGAAACAGUGCUCAUCGUGGAGCCUUAGAAGUCUGCUCCUGCUGCUCAGUGUUGCAAUCGAUCAACGUCUUAGAAUUGACACCUGUCGAUAUCUAAUCCAGAUCCUCUCACGCCGCAUUACAGGCGAUUAAAGUUGGUUAGACCUGUUCCCACAUCUAUGGAGUUUCAUCUAGACAGUGCAGAAUACUGCCAGGCACAGCACAAA